CCACUGUGGGAGGCCCAGAGACACACAAAGCCAGAGAGAGAGAGAGGAGGAAGGGGUUUGUUUCUGCAAUCUAGCCUUGUCGUUGCCUGUUCGUGCGAGUCUCUUUGCUGGUCAGUCAGUCUACUAUGCCUGGGACUCUGUAGCGCUGCCACUCAGGAGGAACUCUACUGAAGUGAAGUGAGGAGGAAAUCUCUGGCUGUGCUGUUCUUCAAAACAAGUGCAACUUUAAACAGACAGAGCUGAGGAUGAUGGCAGAGGGGAAGUUUGCCAGUCUGCCAAGAAAUAUGCACAUGGGCGUGGGCAGCAGGCAGUGUUCUCUGGCCUCCUCUAUGGACCUGCUGAGCUCCAGGCCUGCAGUACCGGAGCUGCCCCCAGCUGGAUACCACAGUGUCUCCAUCCACGGCACUCUGCCUAGGAGGAAGAAAGGGGCCCCGGUUCAGGGCCCUGCCCGCUCCUGGGACAUGUACAGUCACAUGGGCACUCUGCCCCACCCGGCCCGAGCCCGCCUGCCCACCUCGCCACUCAUCCACAACAUCAUCGAGGAACACCAGUCUUACCAUACAGGGAUGGAAGUCCACACCUCAUACAGGGACCCCAGCAGCAGCAUGGACCCCACCCUGGAGUACGUCAAGUUCUCCAGGGACAAGUACAUAAUGGAGGGCCCGCCGGAGAAACUACGCAAAGAGUUGGAGGAAGAGCUGAAAAUGGCCAGUGAGGAGCCAUGCAGCCACGCCUGGUACCAUGGAGCCAUUCCCAGACAGGUGGCAGAGAACCUGAUCCAGAGAGACGGGGACUUCCUGAUCCGGGACUCUCUGUCCAACCCUGGGAACUACGUCCUGACCUGCCAGUGGAAGAACAGCCCGCAGCACUUCAAGAUCAAUAAGAUGGUGGUGGCCAUGAACGAGGCCUACUGUCGGGUGCAGUACCUGUUUGAGAAGGAGGGCUUCGACAGCGUGCCUGCCCUAGUGCGCUACUACGUGGGAAACAGGAAGCCAGUGACAGAGGUGGUGGGAGCCAUCAUCUUCCAGCCCAUCAACAGGGCCUUGCCCCUGCGCUGCCUAGAGGAGAAGUAUGGGGUGGCCUGUGUCCGUGUGGAGACCGGUCUGACCCUGCCAGAGAGGAAGAGCCAGACCUCCAAACGCCUGAGCCUCAACAUCAUGAACGGACACACCCAGGACCAAAGCCUUGAACGGGGGAACCUGCUUAGGAACAAAGACAAGUGUGGAAGCCAGCCGGCGUGUCUGAACCACGUUCAGGAGAGAAGGUUGCCUCUCAAAACCCACCAGUCAGAGAGCUUUCUUCCUCUAGGCUCCAGGCCCCAGCCCCAGUCCCAGCUGAUGGAGCAUCAGCCUCGGUCCCAGUCUCCAGUGUUCAGGACGGGCAGUGAGCCGGCCCUCAGUCCCACUGUGCCAAGGAGGAUGGCCUUUGAGACCCAGGCCGGAGAGGCCAUCCGGGGCUCAGAAAGCCAGCUCUGCCCCAAGCCGCCCCCCAAGCCCAGCAAGGUGCCCGCCAUGAGGAUACCCCACUCCCCACACCUGCAACCCCUGGCCCCUCUGGCCAGCCCAGCCCCAGGUCCCCCUGUUCCCCCACUGAAGCUCAAGAAGCAGCAUCUGACCCAGGCUCUCCAGUCUCCCCAGCCCCGCAGCCCGGAGGUGAACUACUUUGAGCUGAGCCCCUGCAGCCCAGCGGAUUGGGACAGGCUCCAGGCUCCAGGCUUGGGCCCCCAGCCUAACAACAACAACAAUAUCAACAGCUACGUAGAGAGGCUGAGGACAGAGGAGAAUGAGAAGAGCAGCCAUGGCUCCAAACUGGACCGCAGCUCCUACCACCAUGCCAUCGAAGCCCUGGAGAAUGGCAGCGAAGAGGAGGAGGUGGAACAAGAGAGGAAAGGAGAGCUGGAUGAGAUAGAGAAGACAGGGGAGGAGAAAGAGAGGAGCUUCCGGCGGCCGGUGUUGGAGACCGCGUCUACGUUCCGGCCGGGGGAGUUUGAAUCCAGGCUACUGCCUGCAGAGAACAAACCCCUGGAGAUGAGUGUGCUGAAGAGAGCCAAAGAACUGCUCGUUCAGAAAGACCACCACAUCAUUGCCAAGCACAUCCUCAUGGCAGACUGCCAGGUUGCUAGGGUACUUGGUGUCUCUGAGGAGGUGAAAGGUCAAAUGGGUGUGUCCUCUGGUCUGGAGCUGGUGACCUUACCCCACGGCAGGCAGCUGCGUCGAGACCUGAUGGAAAGGCACCACACCAUGGCCAUCGGGGUUGCCGUGGACAUCCUGGGCUGCACAGGAAGUCUGGAGGAGCGAACCGCCACGCUGAACCGCAUUAUCAUGGUGGCUCUAGAACUGAAGGACUCCAUGGGGGACCUGUACGCCUUCUCCUCCAUCAUGAAAGCAUUGGACAUGCCUCAGAUCACACGAUUAGACCACACCUGGACCAUGCUGAGGAGGAAAUACACUCAGACUGCCAUCAUAUACGAGAAGUCUCUCAAGCCCUUUUACAAGGGCCUGUAUGAAGGAACAGUGGACAUGCCCCCGACUGGCACCACGGUGCCCCUACUAAUGCCCCUGCUCAUCUUGAUGGAGCGCCCAGCGGUGGCGUUCGAGGGCAUGGAACUGUGGGAGAGCAACGACCAGGGCUGUGAGAUCAUGCUGCGUCACCUAGAGGAGGCCCGCAGCGUGGCACACAAUGCUGACUCAUACACCGCCAACACUGAACACGUCCUGAAAGACUUCCAGGCUGACGAGGACCUGCUGGAGAUCUUUAAAACAGACUUUCAGCUGCGUCUGCUGUGGGGCAGCAGAGGGGCGGCCGUCAACCAGACGGAGAGAUACGACAAGUUCACACUCAUCCUAACUGCUUUGUCCAGAAAGCUGGAGCCAGCGGUCAAACACACAGAACUCUAAACCGAGCCUGUAGUAAACAGACUGUAUUAGUGAACACUGGUGGGUUGUAAAAGGACCUUCAGGCUGGUUAACAGAGAGGACAAACUGUGCCCCGUAUUGACUAAGGAUGAGGAAGAUGGUUGCAUAGCGAGACUACUGUGAUUUCCCAACCUGUCCAAUGGAGGGAGAGUGUCUGAGAUCCAGUUGGAACUCUUCCCUGGCAGUGGCAGGAUAUUGAGUGUGUUCUUAUGAAGGGGAAAUAUUUCCCUCAGUAACGCAGGAGGGGGGAGGGGGGGUGGCCUGGUCCAAGAUCUGUUUGUGCUCCUGCCUACUCCAUUGCUGUCAUUGUCAAGCCAAUGGAAUGACAAUGAGUGAAAGGGAGUUGGCAUGAUAGCAAAAACAGAUCUGCACCAUAUACAUUGAGUGUACAAAACAUUAAGGACACCUGCUCUUUCCAUGACAGAUGAACCAUGUGAAAGCUAUGAUCCCUUAUUGAU